UGGAAUUUAAGAAAGUGAUUGUUUUACUAAUUCCAACCUCAAGGGAAGAAAGAGAGAGUGGAUUCACAAAAAAUAAAGAGUGAAAUGAUAGAUAAAUGAUAAAAUGAGAAAGUAAAAAGUUAGUAGAGUCCAAUUUUAAAAAAUGAUCAUAUUUUUUGGACAAUCAAAAAAAUGAAAGUAUAUCUUAUAAAAUGGGAGGGGUACUAUUUAGGACAAUUUACUUAGAUCAAUCUUUAUGUAUCGACAUAUGGGGUUGUAUUUUUAACAUGAACUGUACAUAGAGAGACAUGGCAAGAGCUAAACAACUACUUGAGCUACAUCCUUGGCUGACUUUGUAUGUGUUGAUUAUCACUUCGUAAACGAAUGAGCUCUUCAAAUUCGUAGUAUAAAUAAAAUAACAUAAAAUGCUAUAGGAUUUCCUCCAAAAACAAUGCGAUAGCCGAUAAGUAAAACAUUUGUAAUUCGGACUGCCCAUCAUAGGGUCUUCAUUUACACCAUCAUUUAAUGCUACCUUUAAUGAAAGGGACUGGCGUCUGUUAUAAUUAAUUAAUUAAUCUCCUAGUUUAAAGACAGUUAUCAAAUAAAUGCCAAAAAUUGUAGCAACGGACGCUAUCAAGGGAAACCGAAAUAGACGGGAUGUGAAUAUAAAAGGAUCGAGGAAAAUGGCCUCCAAAACGUCAACGGCCCACUGGCAGCUCAGACUGGAAUUCCCACAUCUGCCAUUUUUCUCAGGUGAUUUGUCAAACGUUAAACUUUAGUUUUUAAAGAAAUAUAUUUUUCAUUGCUUUUGCCCCAAAUUCUACUUCAUCGUCCUUUUUAAUUUUUCUUGGAUUCUUGCUGUCUCAAAGGCAUCUUCUUUAUAUGAUAUCGAGUGAAAUGCAAUCUAUAUAAUCACAGUUUUUCACAUUAAAAUCCAUGCAGAGGUGGAUCUACUCUGGGAUUGUGGGAAUGUGUAAAUGAACAUUGUAAUUUGAUCGGGCCGAUGGGUCUCGCUGGAUUUCUAUCGGAUUCAUAGCAAUCAGUUAGGAAUUCGGCAUCUUCAAUUCACACCAAAUUCAAGAGCUUUUGUUGUCAUUUCACAGGUAAACUGACUUGAUAUAGGUUGAAAAGAAAAGGCAAUUAAAAAUAUAUAUGGAUGAGUUGCGGCAGAUUGGGGAGGUUGUGGGGAGCCUGAAGGCCUUGAUGGUUUUAGAACAUGAUAUUCUAAUAAACCAGAGGCAAUGUCGUCUUCUGGCCGACAUUUUCUUUCUGGCUUUUGACACAAUCUCAGAUGAAAUCAGACAAAACUUGAGACUGCAUGAGAGGAACACAAAGUGGAAAGUGCUUGAGCGGCCAUUGAGAGAACUUCAUAGGAUUUACAAGGAAGGGGAAUCAUAUGUUAAGUACUGUCUGGACAUAAAAAAUUGGUGGGGAAAAGUCAUUACUCUUCAUUUAAACAGUGACUGUGUUGAGUUCCAUAUCCAUAACUUGCUAUGUUGUUUCCCACUCGUUAUCGAGGCCAUCGAGACAGCUGCUGAGAUCUCAGGAGGUCUAGAUAGAGAAGAAGAUGACGAUAUCGAGAGGAUGAGGAGAGUUGCACUCAUGAGCAACAAGUAUGGGUCAGACUUGAUCGACCAUAAACUUUUCAUCUGGAAAUUUGGGAAGCAGUAUCUGGUCCCACGAGACAUUUGCAUCCGCCUGGAACGCGUUUGGAGGGAAGACAAAUGGUCUCUGCUAGAAAACAUCAGAAACCAGAAGAACAGCAAACUAGGAGAAGGGUUAAUCAAGAAGUUGGAUGAGUUUCCAAACGCCAACCUUUUGCAUAGUUCGAUCUUGUUGAGAUCAAAUGACUAUUCUGUUAAAAGGCGUAUCGGAACCGGGGGUACGACCCAUCUCAAGGAGAUCAGCUGGUUGGAUGAGAGCUUUGCAUUGAGAACUUUUUAUGGAGAUGCCAAGGAACCACAUAUUGCUGAGGAGAUUUCUUUGUUGCUCUCCCUUUCUCAUCCAAACGUACUGCAAUACCAUUGCGGUUUCUAUGAUGAAGAGAAAAAAGAGGGGUUUCUAUUGAUGGAUCUAAUGAGCAAGAGCCUUGAUGUGUUAGUAAAAGAGAAUACUUAUUCUCCAAGUCAGAAGAAGAGAGUAGUGGCAUUUUCUAUCCCGGUUGCAGUGGAUAUCAUGCUUCAGAUUGCAAGAGGGAUGGAAUAUUUGCACUCAAGAAAGAUUUAUCAUGGGGAGUUGAAUCCCUCAAACAUACUACUCAAGCCGAGAAACUUUUCUCCUGAAAGUUGUUAUUUCCAUGCAAAGGUGGCUGGGUUCAGGUUAUCCUCCAUAAAAAAAAACUAUACAUACAAAACCUCCCCGAUACCUAAUGGAUCCAGCUUGGUAUGGGCCGCACCAGAAGUUUUGGAUGAAGGUGAAGAUCAACAUGGGAGCAAAUGCUUAGGCGAAGAGAACAGGUGCAUAGCCAAGAAGUACUCAGAGAAGGCUGAUGUGUACAGCUUCGGUAUGCUUUGCUUUCAGCUUCUGACGGGGAAAGUUCCAUUUGAAGAUGGGGAGAGACCAAUAGAAGGAGGGAAAAUUGGAAGAUACUUGAGAGCUGGGGAGAGGCCUCUUUUUCCUCAUCCCUCACCAAGAUACCUUGUGAACUUGACUAGAAAAUGUUGGCAAACCGAUCCAACCCUUCGUCCUAACUUUUCAUCCAUUUGCAGGGUUCUCCGUUACAUCAAGAAGGUUCUGGUUAUGAAUCCUGAGCACGGCCAACCUGACUAUCCGCCUCCACCUGUUGAUUAUUGCGACAUUGAAGCCAGUUACUCCUCCAAGAAGCUCGAAGCAUCAGAUGGAGGAAUCUGUGUGCCAUCACAGAUUCCUUUCCAGAUGUUUGCUUAUAAGAUUUUGGAGAAGGAAAAAAAAACAGUGGGGUGCUUUAAAGAGAAUCCAGAUUCUUUAUUGAAUGAUUGUGUCGUGGGAAUUGUAGAUGAUGAUGUCUUCUCGGAUGUAAUUGACAAGAAAGAUUUACCCAAUGAUCAAAGACCAGUCGUGUCUGAGGUGGUACAAGGUAAAUCUUCAGCUGAUCAAAGAUUAGCCAAGACCCCAGAAAAGAAAAAUCUAAGCAAUGGUUUAAGAUUAUUAACCACGAUCCCCGAAAAGAAAAAUCUUUCCUUCUCGGAAAUUGGUCAGUCCUCUGCUGCUACUCUCGAGAAAGCAACUGCUCCUUCAAAACCAGCAAAUACAAAAUUCCAAGCUAAGGACACUCCCUAUAACAAGAAAUUUAAAGACACAAAAGCAGGAAAACUAAGAGAUCAGUCUCCAGUACCUUUUCCUGGAAGGAUUACCAGAGCAUAUUCAUCACCGGGAUUUUCAGCCCCAGGGUUCACCAGAACAUCUUCAUCACUGGUUGCCUCACCAAUACAUCCUCAGAGAGCUUGCUCUUCACCGUCAAGAGGUCCUCCAGCAAGGACCACAGACUGCCAAUCUGUUGUGAGCCUUAGGGGACAGAGGAAAGCACAAGAAAAAGAUGCAGAGAUACCCUAGCCCAUCUUUCACUGUCGUUAUAUCACAUAUAUGACCAUGGUUGCUUAAAACUUUCUUCACAUAGUUUAGGCUCCUCCAAAACAUAAAUUUGGUUUAAACUAAAAUUUUAACCUUUUUGUGAAAUUUUUGUUCCAUAUAUCCCCAGGUUAGAGAUUCAGCCACAUUCGGUCCUUUGCCACUUCCAAAAUACAGGAUAAUAUACAUGUAUCUUUCAUGCAAAUAUUUUGUGUUACAUAUAUAUAUAAUGA